AUGUCUGACUCUCAAGUUACCUUGAGAACUCGCAAGUUUAUCCGCAAUGCCCUUCUCGGAAGGAAGCAGAUGGUUGUGUAUGUUUUGCUCCGCCCGCCUGCUCUGACUAAGGAAUUCGGGGUAUCGGGAAUGAUAUUUAAAUAACUGACAUUCUUUUGGGGGCUUCUUUCAGUGAUGUUCUCCAUCCCAACAGGCCCAGUAAUUACCCCCCAUCCUUACGCCUGAUCUAACGUUUUUCGCGGAUUGGAUUCUGUUACGAGCGGUUGCUAUAGGUGAAGGAGACUAAUAGAUUGGUAGAUGUCUCCAAGGAGGAUCUCAGGACCAAGCUUUCUGUUAUGUACAAGGCCGACAAGAACCAGGUUUCUGUUUUCGGGUUCCGCACACAAUAUGGUGGCGGCAGGUCCACUGGGUUCGCGCUGAUCUACGACUCUUAUGAGGCUCUUAAAAAAUUCGAACCCCACUACCGUCUCGUUAGAUUCGGAGAGGCAACCAAGAUCGAGAAGGCGUCCCGUCAACAGCGUAUGUCGGGCCUGUGUCAUUUAUUCCCCCCCUCUAUACGGAUACUAUCGAUAUGGGCAUGUGCUGAUGGUGGCGUAGGCAAACAACGCAAGAACAGGGCCAAGGAGUCGCGAGGUACUGCCAAGGCCAAGAUGAGCAAGGACAAGAAGAAAUAAACUUCUUGAUUUCCGAUUUAAAAAAAAAACACAAAAUUGGCCUUCACUAUCCACAAGACUCGAAGAUGGGCUGGGGAUCGGUUGCUGGUGGAUGGCUGGAAAGUGGAGGGUUGGGUGUCGUUGGAGAGAUUCCAGUUCUGUUUUUUUUGUUAUUCUGCUGUCUCCUACUGUGGGAUAACCGAGAAAAAAUGGAGCAGGAAGCGGUGUGUUUACAUUUCUUUUCUGUCGUGGGCCCUUAGGCUCGGGAUCCCAUAUCUUCAACCAUGGCGCAAUUCUAGUUAUUUUUUCUUACUUUCUGGUUUAAGUACUGGUUCCGGUUUCUUUUGGCAUUGUAGAGAUAUUUGGAUUGUGAACUGGCAAGCAC